UCUGCUGCCAGCAUUUCAUGUUUGUUGGGGGCUGCGAGACGACGCGGUUCGGAGAAGUACUUGUGAGAAGGCGUGAGGCGAAUUGUGUCCUGCAUCUUUAUUGAGCCGCCAGUUGAACGAACGGGCCACGAACCGUGUCGCUUCUGCCGAGAUGCCCGGACGUUCUCUCUCGCUUGCAACCUGGCUCGAGCACGCGGAGCAUACGGAGGAGGAACUUCGCCGUCGUCGUCAAGCUGGCGGUUCUUCUUGUGUCGGCUCUAUUCAAAUGGAGCAGAGUGAUCACGUGCCCGGCCGGUCCACUGUCAAUACAGUGAUAGAGAACGCAGCCGGAGGCAGACAGGCACAUGUAGGGUGCGGCCGCAGACUGAAGCUCACGUGGCAAGCCAACUAUGUCCGCGGCCAUCUGGAAGGAACCACAUCAAGCGCUCUCAAUCGAGCUGCUGAACCUCCUGCUUCCAGCCGUUGUGUCUGGAGUCGCCUCACCUACGAGAUGUGCUGGCACUCAAGACUUCCUGCUGACCGCCAAGCACUGCCGACGCCGCUACGCAGCUUGCUGGACCUGGACCUGGGGCAGCGUACCACCGCCGCUCCUCCUAUUUGGCGCCAAGGACAGCCCGUCAGUUCAGCGCAGGCGCAGAGUGAGCGAGGAUCUGGCCGACGUUUGGAGCACGCAGUCCGAGGUCCUGCGCCACGCACUGCGUCCAUUAGCAGCCACGUGGACGCUGAGGGUUUCCGGAUCAUUCGACCUGGCACUCGUCGCCCAAGGGAGCACACUGGACGACGCUUCAGUUGGUCACGCCAGGGAGAUGCCUCAGUGACAACGUGCCCGCCGGGGUCCUCGACGUCUGUCAACCAGCCCUAAUUAAAGUGAAGGACGACUGCACCC